UAAUAAUGAUAAUGGUGACUCAACUCCAUCAUCGAUACCUGAAGUUGAACCCGAGGACCUUUCCAGCAUGUCGCAAAAUAUUAAAGAGGCUUAUUUCUUUGGUGCCAAUUCUGAAUAUAUUAUGUCUGGUUCAGAUGAUGGCCGAAUAUUUAUAUGGGAUCGAUAUACUGGCAAAGUGGUUAAUCUGUUGAAGGGUGACUCGAAAGUCGUUAAUUGUGUUCAACCUCAUCCUUCAUUUCCCAUAUUAUGCACUUCUGGGAUUGACGAUGACGUAAAGAUUUGGUUCCCUGAAUGCGAAGAAAAUGAUAUCUCUGAUGCUUCUGAUAUUAUACAACGAAAUGAGACAGAGGCGAGUAAUGAAAGUGGUAACCUUAGUAAUUGGGGUGGUCGAGUUUUGGUUAUACCUGCCAGCCAGGUUAUGCAAUUAUUGGAUAUUGUAGCAAUUAAGCAAUAUUUUAAGAAGAGCUCAUACUUCCAAUUAGAAAUUGUAUUCACUAACCAGGACCUUCUUAAAGAAUACACAACAAAAGGGGUCCAAAUCUUUAACAGAACUUAUAUAGGAUAUAUUUCUACAGAUGCUUGUAAAUCUUUAUUGAUAGUCAAAAUCAAAAAUGUUCUACUUGGUGAUAGAACUCAAGUGCCUGAUCUAAUCAAAGAAGUAUUUGAAGAUAUAGGCAAAAUUGUCUCUAUCAAACCUCUCUUGAUCAAAGGAACUCCAUAUCUAACAGAUCAGUAG